GCUAAUCGUCGGUUAACUGAUCCUCAUCUUGAGGGGCUUUCUCAGGGUGGCGGUACUUGCACUGGGGAGAAUUGAUUUCAGAGGGGUGUGGCGGUACUAACACUGGUUUAAGUCUAUCUCUGCUUGUUGUGUUCGAGUGGUUAAUGAAACACUCCCGCUAAUUAUAACAUUUAUUUAUACUGUAUGAAAAUACUUGGUCAAUAUAAACUAGUAUUUUAGCUUUCGAGUCGUGAUGUAACAAGUAAAACAAACAGAGCGUUACGGUGGCUAGGGCAAUCAGGUACAGACUGACUUGACGUAGGUUUUCCUUCGUUUUCGUCUCCGCUGGGCAUCGGUUUCACAAGGUUGCGCGUGCGCUCAGUUCUGACGCUACACACCCUCACCCUUAGUUGGAAAAGUAUCUGUGAGGGAGACAAUUCAAUGUCACAAUUAUAAAUAUCAAAAAAUACCCCUCUGUGAAUAAACCAUAACAAAGCCAUACUCUAUAUAGUCUUCGUUACCUAAUCGAACAAUAAACAAUUUUACAUUAGUCUGUUCAGGUUCAAACCUGCAAAAGGAACAAUGCAAAAUUAUAUACAACAAUGAAUAUCAAUUAAUCCAUCUCCAUGAUGUAUUCUUUAAACUUCUUAGGUUUGCUCACAAUUCAUUUUUCCUUUUGCCUAUCUGGACCCUUAACUUCAUUUCGAUUGCUCCCUGUUUUCCUACUAUCACUUUGACGCUUAACACCAAUUUGGGGCACAGCUCCUAUUAAUUUGUCAGUUUUGGCUGCGACACCAGAGGCAGGUGAAAUCAAUUUAGUUUGCAAGCUAGAAACAGAAAGAUUAGGAUUAUCUACAUCUACUACAGGUUUAUGAAUAGGUAUCUAUUAUUUUUGAAAUAUAUUGUUUAGUGGACUUAUCAAAUACAUCCAUAUAAAUAUCCUCGCUCGAAUCACUAGAUGCACUUGAAGCUUCGGGCUCUCUUACGUUUCUAGAUUGGUCAAUUCUGUCUUGAUCUUUUUUUGCUGCUGGGUCUCUUCGACUUCUAUAUUUUCCUGUCCUGUCUCGUCUGUCUCUUCCAGGCUACUAUAAUACCUUGAUGGUACAAAAGGUUCUUUACUUUCACUUCUGCUGUCCUGGUCUUUUCCUGUUCAUGAUUCUUCUGGUCCAUUUUAUGCAUUUGGUUUGCAUGUCUUUUCCACUUAUUUCCUUCUUUGAUCUUGCAAAUGUAAGUUGAUCUUCCUAGUCUCUUCAUCACACAUGCUUGAAUCCAUUUUCUUUUGUUUGGCACUCUAUAAUCAGCUACCAUCACCUCCUCCCCUGUCUCAAAAUCUCUGGCUUUAUCUCCAUAAUCUUUUUGCUGCUUUUCUCUGUCUCUGGAUGGUUUCUGUGCCCUCACUCUGUUGUUUCUGUUGUUUUUCCUCGACUUUCUCUAUCCCUUCUCUUAACACAUCCAUUCUAGUUCUUAUUUCUCUAUUCAGCAUCAACUUAGAAGGCGUCUCGCCUGUGCUAGAGUGUUUGGCAGUUCUGAAAAAAAGCAAAAAUUCUGAAACCAUCAUUGAAAUACUUUUACCCUUAUUCUUCGGAUCUGAAAGUCGUGCCUUCAAAUUAUUUUUAAAUGUUUUAACAGCAUUUUCUGCGAGCCCAUUUGAUUGAUGGUUGUAAGGUGGUGAUGUAAUGUGUUUUAUAGCAUUUCUGUUGAAAAAUGUCUGCACAUUUUCUGCAGUGAACUGAGUUCCAUUGUCUGUUACCACUGUAUUCGGCAAACCCCAUCGUGAGCAGAGGAUUUUGAUUUUCUCUUCUGUCUCCAUUGAUGUCAUAUUGAUCUCAUCACCAAAGCUUCUACCCACUUUGAGUAUGCAUCCACAGCUAUCAGAAACAUUUUACCUUCCAAUGGCCCACAAAAAUCCAAGUGAACUCUCUUCCAGGGCUCCUUCUCGAGCCUCCAAGGUGUCAAUUCUGUUCUGGGAGGUGCUUGUUUAUUCUGUAGACAAUAUAUACAGCUUUUACAGGUUUCUUUAAUUUCUUUGUCCAGAUUUGGCCAGUGAACAUAUGACCUUGCUAGAUUUUUUGUUUUAACUAUGCCAAAAUGACUUGAGUGGAGUUCUGCUAAAAAUUUUUUACGUAGUGGUCAAUGGUAGAACUAUCCUAUAUCCCCACAUGAGGAUAUCUUUUUCAAUAGUUAGCUCAUUUUUUCUACGGUAACAUGGUAAUAAAGAUUCUUUUACCUGUGAAGGCUAUUUUUCUGCCUGUAUAUAUUUUUUCUUAAUUUCUUCAUUAUUUACAGGCCUCUCGUCUGUUGUCUCUGCUGGUAUUGGCCUUUAGAAAUUUCCUCUCUAGAACUGGAAAAAUGUUUUAAAGGAAACCUUGAUAAGUAAUUUUUUAAUAGCUUUAACACUAAUUAUUGUUUUGAAGUAAAUUAUUAUCAUAGGGCAAAGUUUUUUUUAUGUUUAAAUAGCAAUGUUUUCCUUAGUAAAAUAAAAUAGUGAUCUUUGACAGAUAGACAAAUAUGCAAUUUUUCAGAAGAUUCCCAUUAAACUUGCAACAAAAUUUUAGGAGGAUGCUUUCUUCAAAAACUACUAUUGAAUCUCAUGAAGUAGCCUUGUUUGAAGAACUAAUAGCUGAUUGGUGGAAUCCUAAAGGCCGUGUUAAGUUCUUGCAUAGCAUGAAUACAUUAAGAGUGCCUUUAGUAAGCAAUGGGUUGUACAAUCAAGGAAUUAUAUCUGAAGAGAAUAUUCAUAGCUCGAAACCGCUUAAAGGGGUGUCUAUAUUAGAUGUUGGGUGUGGCAGUGGUAUUCUGUCAGAAGCUCUAGCACUUCUAGGAGCCAAAGUUACAGGCAUUGAUACAAAUCCUAUAUACCUAGAGCUGGCAAAACAUCACGCCAUAAAAAAUAAUCUUUCCAUUGAUUAUCUUUUUACCUCUAUUGAGGAGCAUGCCAUAGAAAACUUAGAGAGGUUUGAUGCUGUAGUUGCUUCUGAGGUUAUUGAGCAUGUGACAGAUAAAGUACAAUUUAUAGAUGCUUGUGCAAAAUCUCUAAAACCUGCUGGCUCCAUGUUUCUGACUACAUUGAACAAAACUAUAUUUACAGAAAUUUUUGCAAUUUAUUCUGCUGAAAAUAUUUUCAAUUUGAUUCCCAAAGGCACUCAUCAGAUUGAGGAAUGUAUUGAACCUGAGCAAUUGCAAAAAUUAUUAGAAAAUAAUUAUUUGCAAACUAAAGAAAUAAGAGGCAUGUUUUAUAAUCUUUUUUCAAAUGAAUGGAGCUGGUGCCUUCCAACUUGGAUGUUUUAUGCCUUGCAUGCUGUUAAACCUAAAAGAAGUAUAGGUAGUCCUUCGUCCUAAAGCUUAUGUGUAUUUUACAUAAUAAACUUAUUCGAACAUUGUUGAAAAUCGAUGAGAGAAUUUGAAUAGGAAAAGGAAAAAUAACGAACUUUUAGCCAUCUAUACCCAGCUGUUAAGUAUUUCCAAGAGCAGAAAUCGAUAUCUACCAGUCCCCUAUCCUAAUUCUCGUGAAAUAAUCAUUACUUUUGAUAUAGGGUGAGAGAUGGCUCUACCAGUGAAUAUUUUGAAAAAGCUAUAGUAAUUUUUUUUACCUAUUCGAAAUAAUUAUCAAUUAGCCAUUUGAACGACAAAUAAGUUUUUCUAUUCAAAAAUUUCAACUAUUGUCAAAAAAAAUUGGAAAUUGUUGGAUUAUAUAUUGUAUACCUU